GACGGCAUCCAUCCAAACAGAACCGGAUCUCAUCUGCUUUCCAUGAACAUUGAACUUACACUCUGCUCCACCAAACUGUUCACCAAAUGACUGGACCACUGCAAUAACCCAUCUUCAGUUGAACAACCCAUUCCAGUCCACAUAACAAGCAGAACUCACAAUCCUCUCCGGCUCAGGUCCACCAUCAGACAUCUCCAUCCCAUAAACAUAAUGCCGGACACAAAAGAUAAAACAAUCCACCAGCACUCGGACACCGUAUUGAACUUUGCUGUUUUAAACAUUCAUUCUCUUUUAAACAAAUCUUUUAUUGUUAAUGAACUAAUUUUAGAUAACAACAUUGAUUGUCUUUUUUUAACUGAAACCUGGCUUGGUACUGAUGCUCCUGUUAUUCUCACUGAGGCUUCCCCACCAAAUUUUAACUUUUUAUUUUCUACCAGGGGAGGUAAAAAAGGCGGUGGUACUGCAUCGAUUGCUCGUGGCUCAUCGGUAACUAAAACAGUCACGUCAAAUAGUUACUCCACAUUUGAGCAUCAUGCAUUUUCUUUCAGCAGCCCGCCUAUUUUAUGUGUAACUGUCUACAGACCACCAAAACCUCCCUCCACUUUUAUUCAAGAAUUCUCUGAAUUUUUAUCAUUUAUACAUUCCAAAUAUAAUAGAAUUGUAUUGACUGGUGAUUUUAAUUUACAUGUUGACACUGAUGGUGAUGCUGUUGCAAAUGAAUUUCUUAACCUUUUACAUUGUAUGGAUUUUAUACAGCAUGCCGCACAGCCCACUCACAACAGGGGGCACACUCUGAAUUUGGUCAUAA